AACACCACAACGCAUUACCCCCACACCUCUCGCCAUGGGAGACAAGAUGGAGGGUGUAGUCCCCAGCGGCGGCGCGGUUGAUCCCAAGUACGGGGUUCCAAUUGAAACCAUCUACGUCAACAAUCUUGAGGAGCGUAUCAACAUCGACUACCUCAAGAAAGCCCUCGACGUCAUCUUCAAGCACUACGGCACCAUUCUCGAAAUCGUUGCGAAGAGCAGCCUGAAGCGCAAGGGCCAGGCCUUCAUCGUCUUCGACAGCGAGAAAUCCGCCUUAGAUGCUGUCGAGGAGAUGGAUGGCUUCGAGCUCUUUGGCAAGACCAUGAAGGUCGCGCGCGCGAAGACUCACAGCGAUGAGACAGUGAAGAGGAAGGCGCCCGAGGUAUUCGACGAGCACAAGCGCAAGCGUCUCACCCAGAAAGACUUCAAGCGUGCGCAGGAGGAUGCGAAGGCGCAGGCCAACCCUGCGGCUGCCGCCGAGAAGCCGCGCGCAAGCAAGCCAGGAGCCGCCGCCUUGAUUCCGGACGAGUACGUGCGACCGAACAAGACUCUCUUCGUGCAGAACAUCCCCUACGAGACCGAGGAGGCCGACCUCACUGCUAUCUUCGAGCGCUUCGAAGGCUUCAAGGAGGUGCGCUACGUCAAGAUGAGGGCGGUCGCUUUCGUCGAGUUCGAAAACGAGCAGUUCUCCAUUACCGCCAAGGAGCAGACGGCGGAUGCUCGCGUCGGAAAGGACCAAAAGCCCCUCAAGGUCUCAUACCAGCGGACGUAGGUUAUUGCAUGUGGAUUAGGCGUUGAUUCUCCGCAGCCAGAAUGCUGUGAUGAUGCUAUUAUGAUACCAUAACUCAAUACAGGGUCUUUCAACUAUAUAGUCUUGCCAUAUCUGCCAGAAUAUGUACUCACGCACAUCUAGGGAUGAUGAAGUCAAGGCAGUUGUUUCCCAGCC